UUGUUUUGAAUUUCUAGCAAAGUCAGUGAAAAAACCGAAGAAGUAAAAAAAAAUGGGGAAAAUUCUUCAUAAUAUGUCUUAGCAAAUUAGAGAAUAUUUAGACUGGACAACAUUGGACUGAAACAAGGGGUUUGAAAGGGUGAUCCUGUCGGCGGAAUUGCAAUGUCACACAGUGAGGAUUCCGCACGAAGCGACGGUGAAACCUUGAUGGACACAGAUGACACACAAUUUGUCCAACCGGCUCCACCGGACAAGGUGCCCAAGGAAUUUGUGGGCAGGACGAAGGGUUGCCCAUCAGAAGCCGGCAACACCAUCAUGAUCACAAAUAAGUACAGCAAUGCAGGAAUUGCCAAUAAUUCCAACAAUUCCAUCAUGAUUCUCACAUCAAAUACGGACGUGUCCAAGAUCACAUCCUCCAGCCAGAUCAAUAUCUGCAUCAAUAAUCACUUCAGUGACACCAUCACCAGCUCCUCCUCCUCCGUCACCGCGGACACUGGAGCCCCAGCAGACCAUCAGGUUAAGGCGAAGGAUCCCCAGGAUGAGCCAGAUUCCACCACAUGUCACUUCAGAGACUCCAGAUCUCAGGCCAGUGCGCCCAAUGCCCAGCCGGAGCCCAGCAAGGACGCCAAACCCGCCGCAGAAGCUCAACCACCGCCCCAGAAGAGCCCCGACUGCCCCGACUUUGCGGCCGGGGACGAGGUUCUGGUCAGCAGGGAGGAUGCCUUCUACCUGGGCACAGUGGUGCUCGUGGGUAGGAAGCAGGCCUGCGUGACCUUUGGGGAUGAAUCCAAAUGCUGGGCGUACUUUGGGGAGAUGCGUAAGAUUGACAAAGAGGGCGACAGGGGCCCGGUCUGUGUGCACUGCAAAGAGAGGAGCGGCCAGGAGCCGGAAUCCGUGGUGGAUGUCUGUAAGCGCUGCCACCGAGGAUACCACAAAAAAUGCACCGGAGUGGAAGGAAAGGACCCUGGAAUCUACUGCAAAAGGUGUCUCGAACAAAAUAGUCUGAAUGGCGUGAAUGGUGGAAAGUAUUUUAAUAAGAAUAACAAUUUGAUGGGUGAUGAUAGAUUGUCGUAUUCGGACAAUUCUCUUUCGCCGUUUGAUACAGGGAAUUUCUUUCCGUUGCGCUCGUCAGACUACAAAGAUGCAUGGUCGGGAUCAUCGAAUAAUUCGGACCAGAGCACAGCAUCGUCCAAUGGGAAUUAUCCAGGACGCAAAAUGUACACCUGCGGACGGAGAUUGAGGGAGAGGCAGGAGAAGAAUUAUGCUGAGAGCACUAGACGCCCAGCUGCCUCAUCCAAUUCCACUGGAAAUCCUCAAGCGUCCACAUCUGGCUGUUCCAACUCUGAUACAUCGUCCUCAUCAUCCUCCUCGUCGUCCCUCAUCAAUUUCUCAGCCACAACAUUCCUCAGUCAGCAGCUGCUUAGCAGCCAACGUCCGGGACAUUCUCGGAGUUCCUCUGCUUCGGGUAAGGGCUUUUUUGGGAAAAUCUUUGAUACCAGCACACCCUCGCAUCUGCCCCAUGGCGAUAAGUACGUGAUCCGGGGCAAGAGGAUCGACGUGGACGGAAAUAUUCAGUACCUCGUCGAGUGGGAAGGAGUCUCUUAAGCUUAUCAUCAUCCCAAAACCAAUCAAGCAACGUUGCCCAAUGCGAUCGUGUAAGUAUCUUCUAAGGGGGAAAAAAACUUUCAGAAAGCACACUAAAACUGCCAAGGGAUAGACUAGAAAGGGUUGGGGGAUAGAUCGGUUAGAUUUUUUUCAGCGGAAAAAUUGAAAAAAAAAGAAUCCUAUAUUGAAACAAACAGGAAGCAACGAUAUGUCCAGGAGAUAGAUUUACUAAAUAAAAAGGCAACGGUUUACCAGAAAGUAAAAAAAAACAUAACAGAUGGCGCUAGUGACUGAUAAUACAUACAUUAUUUGUUAAAUCUCGAACUCUAGUUUUAGUAGAUAUAAAACUCUGAAUUUUCAACAUUAUUUCUAAGUUUCAGAAUUAAAUUAAUUAACCACUAUUGAAAAAGAA